GUAAUGUUUUACUUGAAUGUUAAUUAAUUUCGAUUCUCUCGAGUUGCGAGAGAAUGGAAAGCACUGCUCCUCUCGAGGUGAGGUAGGCUUUCUCAAAGCUGUUAAAGAAAAAAUGCCGCAAAAUAAGUCUUGAAAUGUAAGGAGCAUAUUAAAUUUCUGAAGAAGUAGAGGAGGAAUGAAGAUGCAGGCACUCAUCUGAUUGAUUUUCAGACCCAAAAUUUAGAAGAAGAGCUUCAAUUGAAUGCCAUCUUCGUUUUAAUUACCUGGAAUCUGAUGAAUUUUCUGGAAGCUUAUCAGAUCUGCAGACUGUGAGCUAUUAGAACUUCAUUUUGAUAGGUGAUUGAAUCAGGGAAAAUGCAGCAGCAGCAUUGUGCCAUAUUUGCUGGAAGCUAUUGUAGGAAUGAUUUAUGAAACAUCUGAAAGAUCAUUGAAUGUUAGCUGAUUGGAAGUAUCUGAGAGGUGGCCAAUCCCCGCAUUUGAAGUUUCCAAUUGCAAUGAGGUCAAUAGAAGAAGAGCCCCAGCAAAAUGGUUUCAUGACAAGAACAGGGGGAUCUUUAGCAUGCAUAGUUAAUACGGAAGUAAGUGCUGUGUUGGCUGUGAUGAGGCGAAAUGCUAGAUGGGCAGGUCAUUAUAUGGCAGGAGAUGAUCAAUUGGAUCAUUCACUUAUACACUCUCUCAAGGAAUUACGCCGACAAAUAUUCAGCUGGAAACAAGAAUGGCAAAAUAUCAAUCCCUCUAUUUAUUUGAAACCCUUUCUAGAUGUGAUCCGUUCUGACGAGACAGGGGCACCAAUCACUGGGGUUGCCUUGUCUGCUGUGUACAAGAUUUUGACAAUGGAAGUCUUUGAUCUGCAUACUGUGCAUGUUGAUCUUGCCAUGCAUUCUGUAGUGGAUGCUGUGACUGGUUGCCGGUUUGAGGUAACAGAUCCUGCAUCUGAAGAGGUGGUAUUGAUGAAAAUACUACAAGUGCUUUUGGCUUGCAUGAAAAGCAAGAUGUCUUUAGUUCUAAAUAACCAAGAUGUGUGCACCAUAGUGAAUACAUGCUUUCGAGUGGUGCAUCAAGCAGGAACCAAAGGGGAGCUGUUACAGCGAACAGCACGCCACACGAUGCAUGAGCUUGUGAGAUCCAUUUUUGCUCACCUGGCUGAUCUUGAUUCCACUGGUGCACACACAGAUUAUGUGAAGAGGUCUUCUCUCACGUCCAAUUCUCAUUCAGACAAUGUUGGAAAAGAAUAUACAAGUGAUGGUAAUGAAGGUAGUAGCACUAGUAAUGGAAAUACAGAUGCUGAUAUUGGGAAAUUAUUUUCUGUCAGUUCUUCAGUAGAAAUGGAUGAUAAAAUGGCAGAUAGCAAAAUUGGUGGGAAGGAGUUAGCUAAUGAUGAAGUUCUCAGGGAGCCAUAUGGUGUAGCUGGCAUUGUUGAAAUCUUUCACUUCUUAUGCUCUCUUUUAAAUAUUGUUGAGACUAUGGGUAUGGGAACUGGGUCAAACCUUUUAGCCCUUGCCGAAGAUGUUCCACUAUUUGCUUUGGGUCUAAUAAAUUCUGCUAUUGAAUUAGGAGGAUCAUCAAUAGGUAGGCACCCAAAGUUACUAGCACUAGUGCAGGAUGAACUUUUCCAUAAUUUGAUUCAGUUUGGGCUGUCAUCAAGUCCUCUUAUUUUGUCCACAGUAUGUAGCAUUGUUCUGAAUCUCUAUCAUCAUUUACGCCAUGAAUUGAAGUUACAGAUUGAAGCCUUUUUCACUUGUGUCAUAAUUAGACUGGCACAAGGAAAGUAUGGUGCAUCUUAUCAACAGCAAGAAGUUGCAAUGGAAGCACUGGUAGACUUCUGCAGACAACCAACAUUUAUCUUUGAGAUGUAUGCAAAUUACGACUGUGAGAUUACUUGCAGUAAUGUGUUUGAGGAUAUUGGCAACUUGCUGUCAAAGAAUGCCUUUCCUGUAAAUUCCCCUUUGUCUGCUAUGCACAUUCUGGCAUUGGAAGGGCUGAUUGCGGUUAUUCACAGCAUGGCAGACAGGGUAAAUGCUUCAUCCUCACUUCCUGAACCAACCCCAAUAAGGGAUAUUGAAGAGUAUGAACCUUUUUGGACAGUAACUUGUGAGAAAAAUGAGGAUCCUACCCACUGGGUGCCAUUUGUCCAACGCAAAAAGUAUAUCAAAAGGAAGUUGAUGCUUGGGGCUGACCAUUUUAAUAGGGACCCAAAGAAAGGUCUUGAGUUCCUACAAGGGAUUCAUCUUUUGCCAGAGAAACUUGAUCCUCAUAGUGUAGCUUGCUUUUUUCGAUAUACAUCUUGUCUGGAUAAGAAUCUUGUGGGUGAUUUCUUGGGCAACCAUGAUGAAUUUUGUGUACAGGUGCUUCAGGAAUUUUCAAAAUCAUUUGACUUUGUUGAUAUGAGCAUAGACACAGCACUUCGCACAUUCCUUGAGACCUUUCGUUUGCCAGGAGAGUCACAAAAAAUACAGAGGGUGAUGGAGGCCUUCGCAGAAAGAUAUUAUGAGCAGUCACCACAAGUUCUUGCAGAUAAGGAUGCUGCAUUUGUGCUAUCAUACUCCCUUAUCAUUCUUAAUACUGAUCGGCACAAUGUUCAAGUUAAGAGAAAAAUGACAGAAGAAGAUUUUAUCAGGAAUAACCGGCGUAUCAAUGGUGGGAAAGAUCUUCCUAGAGAAUUUCUAUCAGAACUCUAUCACUCUAUUCUCAAGAAUGAAAUUCGAACAAAUUAUGAACAAAGUAUAGCUAUUCCUGAGAUGACGACAAGCAGGUGGAUUGAUCUCAUUCGGAAAUCUCAGAAAACUCCUCCUUAUAUCAUUUGUGAUGACAAACCCUUCCUUGAUCAUGACCUGUUUGCUAUAAUAUCAGGUCCAACCAUUGCUGCCAUGUCAGUGGUAUUUGACCAUGCAGAGGAUGAAUAUGUUUUCCGAGAAUGUGUGGAUGGUUUUCUUGCUGUUGCCCAAAUGUGUGCUUGCCAUCAUUUAGUCGAUGUGUUGGAUGACUUGGUCGUGUCUCUUUGCAAAUUUACAACACUUCUGGACCCAUCGUCCUCCAUUGAUGAGGAUGUUCUUGCCUUUGGUGAUGACACAAAGGCAAGGAUGGUGACUGUCACAGUUUUCACCAUAGCCAAUAGGUUUGGUGAUUUUAUUCGGAAUGGAUGGAGGAACAUUCUGGACUGUAUUCUCAGGUUACACAAGUUAGGUCUGUUGCCUGCUCGGGUAGCAAGUGAUGGAGCUGAUGAUCCAGAUCUUAUAAACGAUCCUGUGAAUGGGAGACCUUUGUCCGAUGCUCCACCUAUAUCUCACCUACCUUCAAUCACUCGAAGGCGGUCAUCAGGAUUAAUGGGUAGAUUCAGUCAGUUAUUGUCUCUUGAAAGUGAUGAACCAAGGACUCAGCCAACUGAAGAGCAACUUGCUGCACAUCAGAGAACCAUGCAAACCAUUCAACAAUGCAAUAUUGACAACAUAUUCACAGAGAGUAAAUUUCUGCAAGCAGAUUCCUUAUUGCAAUUAGCUAGGGCUCUCAUCUGGGCAGCAGGAAGACCACAGAAAAGCAGUUCACCUGAAGAUGAGGACACUCCUGUUUUUUGCCUUGAGUUAUUGAUUGCUAUUUCAUUGAACAAUCGGGAUAGAAUUAUGAUUUUGUGGCAGGGUGUUCAUGACUACAUUGGAAGCAUUGUACAGACAACUACUAUGCCUUGUGCACUUGUGGAAAAGGCUGUCUUUGGGCUCCUACGGAUCUGUCAACGGUUGUUACCCUACAAGGAAGACCUUGCAGAGGAGCUCUUGAGAUCUUUACAGCUUAUUUUAAAACUAGAUGCGAGGGUAGCAGAUGUUUAUUGUGAGCGCAUUACUCAAGAAAUUAUGCAGCUUGUAAAAACAAAUGCUGGGCACAUUAGAUCUUCAGGGGGAUGGCGCACUGUAACAUCUCUGCUUUCCAUCACUGCUCGUCAUCCUGAUGCUUGUGAGCCUGGUUUUGAGGCAUUAUCAUUUGUUAUGGCUGAUUGUGCACACUUGACCCGGGCAAACUAUGUGUUAUGCCUUGAUGCUGCUCGUGCUUUUGCUGAAUCUCGAAUUGGCAUGACAGACAGGUCUCUGCAAGCAUUAGACUUAAUUGCUGGAUCUAUCAAAUGUCUGGUGCAAUUUUCAAAGGCUGACGAAAACGUUAAUCUCUUGGGUGAGGAUGCAUCAAAGUCCUCCCAAGAAAUAGGAGACAUGUGGUUGCGAUUUGCACAUUCUCUCCGUAAGGUUUCUUUAGAUCAGAGAGAAGAGGUCAGAAAUCAUGCUGUUUUGUCUCUACAGCAGUGCUUGUCGGCAGUAGAGGUAACCUGCUUAACACCUUCUACAUGGACACAGCUUUUUGAUCAAAUAAUUUUUACAAUGCUUGAUGAUUUGCUUGAGAUUGCCAAGGGACACUCUCCAAAGGAAUAUCGUAACAUGGAGAGUACCCUUCACUAUGCAAUGAAGUUGCUGUCAAAAUUAUUCUUACAAUUAUUAGAUCAGCUGUCGUCAUUGCCAAACUUCAGAAAACUGUGGCUUGGGGUAUUAAGCUGUAUGGAGAAAUAUAUGAACUCAAAGCUUAGGGGUAAAGGAAAUGAAAAGCUUCAGGAACUUAUUCCAGAAUUGCUGAAGAACAUGCUAUUAAUAUUGAAUGAUCGAGGAGUGCUUGCAAAAAAAAGUGCACUAGAAAAUAGUAGCCUGUGGGAGAUGACAUGGAUACAUGUUCAAGGUAUCUCACCUUCUUUAAAAGAACAACUUUUCCCUGAGAAAGAUCCUGAACAUGAGACAGAGCUAAAGACAAAGUCUGGUGAGUCUGUAAUGGACUCGGAAAUUGGUUUUGAAGCUCCUGUUGCUAUUGUUGAGCAGUAGACAGAAAAGAGGUAAAAAACAAAAUACAGAAUAGAAGAGGUUUUAAUAGGCUCUCGGUGGUCAUUUGUUCUAUUAACAGAGGCACAAUAUUUUGGCAAUAAUUUACACCUUGACUCCCUGAGGACACAGCUUUCUUCCACAGGUACAGUUGACUAAUGACUUUGUUCUCUCACAGCUGUAAUGCACUAUUCUUUCCUUCCAAAUUUGCUUUAAGGGGCUUAAUAUCAAUCAGUUGUAGUCAUUUGGCCUAUAAAACCUAUGUAUCACCCAUCAAGGCAGUUACUCCAUCCCCAAAUUAAAAUGAAAGGAUUUUUGACCCUAUGUCUGGUGUUCUGAGGUAAGUAGUGUUGACCAGAGGUCAACUUCCAGAAGAUAGUGCAGGUUGUUGUACACAAUGUAUUGUGGUUGCAUCCACUUUCCCUUUCAAGUACACGAAUUGUAUCAGGUUUUAUAGAUGUCUUGAAGAUCUCAAUCCUGCAAGGAUUAAACUUGUGUGCUGAAAAGGUGACAACCUGUUUCAAAGAUUAUCUUCACAAGAAGUUUUCACAUAUGGAAAGUUUUGAGUCAGGAUAUGUAUAUUCGGAGGCUCAGGGUUUAAUAAUUCAUUGAUCUAACCCUUGUAUGAUAGUUGUCCCAGUCAGAAGUUCUAUUUGAUUGCAGUAUAAUCUGCCCCCUUAUAAUAAGCGCUAGCUGUGUGAUUGGAAGUACCCUGAAAAAGGUAUUUGAUGUGCCAUUCUCUUUUAAGUUAUCAUAACCUUGGGACAUGCAAGACAUUCCAUCAACAUUUUUGCAGCUCCUUAACAAUGCAUAUCAUCACUUAAGCAGGUUUCAAAUGAUGUAUUGAGAUCAUCUAUUGUCCAUACUUCUUGCGUAGUUUUAUUAACUAUUUAUGAUUGACUGCCUUGGGGAUGAUAUCUGUGCAAAAUAGCUGUACAGGCCUCAGAGAUUUAAGUUGCAGUUAGGCUAUCACCUUUGGUUAAAACUGGGGGUGUUUUAGUAUUAUUUUAUUCACAUGCAAACUACAUAAAAAGAAAUUUACUUUGAUUAUC